ACAAAAUUCAAAGGUUUUCGAAAUCCAAAUUCUCACCGGACGUAAUAAUAUUACUUCCUUCUCCAUUUCGACUCCUGCCUUAUCGAUAUACUCCCAUUCAUAUAUUCACACGAAACCAUUUCUGCAUUUCAUUUUUUCUUCUCCUUUCUUGUUUUUGUGCUACAGAUAAGAUUCUUUGUCUUUGUUUAUAUUUUUUCAAUUUCUUGAGCUAUCUCCCGUGGUAUCUAUGAGUUCACUGAAGAUCUAAAGUUUGAUCAACAAUUACAACUCUUGUUUGGUACAUUAAAUGCGUUGAUUUUUGUUCAGUUUCUCUCCGAUCCUUUUAGGUUUGUUGUUUUUGAGAUUUUCAAGGCAAGGUGGGUGAAUCGAGUUGAAUGUGAUUUGCAUGGGUGAGGAUGCCAGAUCUGCGUAGGGGAGCACGGAGAUCAAAACGGCUUGGUGAUCCCCAGCCUGCCCCAGAACCCUCUGGCCAAGAAGAAAAUUGGGUUUUGCCUACUCAGAACAGAGGUCGAAGAAGAGGUGGUGGUGGAAGAGGAAGGGGUAAUGCAACAGCUGUAGCAAAAGGGCCUUCAGCAGCGACGCGGGCAAGGCCUGGUGGUGCUGGUAGGGGUAGGGGGAUUAGGUUGAUAGAUUUAGAUCCGGAGCCACCUUGUGAGGUUCUUCCUCAAGCUGUUCCUGUUGGUGUUGCAGAGCCAGCUCUUAAUAGAGCUGAGGGUGCUGCAGAUAAAAAUAUUGCAAUGGAAGGUGGGAAUAGAGACAAAAUAAUGGGAGUUGAAGAAGAAGCAAGCACAACUCCAGUACCUGAUAGGGUGCAAGUGGGUAAUUCUCCUGUAUAUAAAACAGAAAGAAGAUUAGGUAAGGGUGGAUUUGGACAAGUUUAUGUUGGUCGUAGAACAAGUGGAGGAACUGAGAGAACAGGACCAGAUGCUGUUGAGGUUGCAUUAAAGUUUGAGCAUCGAAACAGUAAGGGUUGCAACUAUGGCCCUCCUUAUGAGUGGCAGGUGUACAAUACCCUAAACGGCUGCUAUGGGAUCCCAGGGGUUCAUUAUAAGGGUCGUCAGGGAGAUUUUUACAUUCUGGUGAUGGACAUGCUUGGACCGAGCCUUUGGGAUGUCUGGAACUCUUUAGGCCAGUCAAUGUCACCAAAUAUGGCGGCCUGUAUCGCUGUGGAGGCAAUAUCAAUUCUCGAAAAGCUUCACCUUAAGGGGUUUGUGCAUGGAGAUGUGAAGCCAGAAAACUUUUUGCUUGGUCAGCCAGGAAGUGUUGAUGAGAAGAAGCUGUAUCUUAUUGAUCUUGGUUUAGCAUCUAGAUGGAAAGAUUCAGCAUCUGCUCAGCAUGUCGAGUAUGACCAGAGGCCAGAUAUAUUCAGGGGUACUAUAAGAUAUGCAAGUGUACAUGCACAUUUAGGUCGGACCGGGAGUAGAAGGGAUGACCUUGAGUCUCUAGCAUACACAUUAAUAUUCCUUAUAAAGGGAAGGUUACCAUGGCAAGGCUAUCAGGGUGACAACAAGAGUUUUCUAGUCUGUAAAAAGAAAAUGGCCACUUCACCAGAGUUGAUGUGUUGCUUUUGCCCUACCCCAUUCAAGCAAUUCCUUGAGGCUGUAACAAACAUGAAGUUUGAUGAGGAACCGAAUUACGCCAAGCUCAUAUCAUUCUUUGAGAGUCUUAUUGAGCCCUGCACAUCACUGAGGCCAAUAAGAAUUGAUGGGGCUCUUAAGGUUGGGCAGAAGCGUGGAAGACUGCUAAUAAACUUGGAGGAAGAUGAGCAACCAAAGAAAAAAGUGCGACUCGGUAGUCCUGCAACCCAAUGGAUUUCAGUUUAUAAUGCACGGCGUCCCAUGAAACAGAGGUAGUUGCUAUAUGUCAAAAUGUGAUACUGUGAUUAUAGUUCAUAAGUUACAUGCAAUAACCGUUUUGCUUUUCCAAAAAAGUGCCUCAAGUGCUUGAUAUUGUUUUCUUUGUUUUUGCUCUUUGCAGUUUAGCUGUGAAAUUGUAGACAUCUCAUAUAAAGUCUUACAGCGAAAAAUUAGAUUUUCACACAUCUUCACUGCAUAGACAUCUCAAAUAAAGUCUGUGAUUAAUUAGAUUUUCACAUAUCUUUGCUGCAGCGUUGCAUCUUUCCAGUUUGUUCUGUCGUUUAUUUUGUUUGGCAGAAGAGCAAAGUAUGUAAUCAGUUGUUGGAAUACCAACUUGGCAAUAGAAGUGUACACAGACUUGCAUGUCAUCUGAUGUCCUUUCUCAACCCUAUGUUAUGGAUGCACUCCAGAACUUGAGAAAUUAAAUAUACUUUAAGCAGAGAACUUGCAUGAUUUACUGUCAAAACAUGUAAUUUUGUACGUGCAUAAAUGCAUAUAAAUGGAAGCAGGGGCAUACAUAUUUGAAGGAAGAUGCUAAGGAGGAUAAUUUAACAUGUGAAAAAGUGUGACACUUACUGAUUCUUGGGAGGUUGGUAGCUUUUGAAAAUCUGACCCACGAGGACCUUCAGGAAUAUUCCAUGUUUAGGUGAUUGCAUCAUAUAUUAUCUAUUCAAGGAAACAUCAAGAUAUAGUAAUAUACUGACCUCUGCUAACUACGUUUAACUGCAACUAGAGAUAUAGUAAGGUAUAUUGCUGGUUUCAGAGAAGGCUAUUUCGUGCAGCCCUGCAGAUCACAGUUAUAUAUCUUUGCAGCUUAACUUCUCCUUCUGAUGUAUGUGUGGACUUUCUGUUUUAUUUGGAUGCUUACAUAUGUUUUUGGCUGAGUUUGACAGGUUUAAAUUUCUGGAGUUUAUUUUUCCUCAAAGAUUCUAUAUGCGACAAAAAGCGUCUGUAGGAGUUGUAGAUGCCUUUCUGUGUUUGUUGUCUCUAGAUUGAAUGUAUAAAUUUAUCUGAUCUAUUUUGAAUAUCUUCUUAUUGAGACUCCGAAGGCGCUUCUUCAUGAAGUGUACUAAAUGAACCCCAAACUUUCAACUCGAAGAAAUAUGACUUCACCACAACUCCUAAAAAUCUUGGACGAACAAAAGUCCUGGCUGAGUAAUGGUACGUAUACUCACCAGGUAAACUAGUACAUACUUGCAAUAUUUUUAUAAAGUAUUUGUUUUGUGCUUUCAUCUGCUGAGUGAAAUUCUGAGCAGCUUCUGGAUGCCUCUUCAUAGUGUGUGCUAAAGAGAAAUAUGAGCUGUUCCCAAGGAAAAGAGUACUUGGCUGCAACUCUUAUAAUAUUUAGCGAGGAUUUAAUGUAUGCUUUACAAUAUAUUAUUGGGACUUGAUAAAAAAAUAUUCUACGCUAAUUGGGAAACAUAUCCUCCUGUGAAUGUUUUUUAUGUUGUAUGCAUACAUGGCUGCAUGUUUCAUAUGGUUAACAGCUCUGAAAUAGCUAUUUCAUGAUAUAAGUUUUCUGAUUUGGCACAUUAGAUUUGACCUUUGGUUUAGAUUUGUUAAAUUUAAUAUCCAUGAUCUAAAUUCCGAGUAGCUGCUGGGUGCCUCUUCAUAAUGUGUGCUAUGGAGAAAUACGAGCUUUUCCUAUGGAAGAAAAGACUUGGCUGCAACUCUUAAAAAUUUUGGCAAGGAUGUAAGUCUAUG